AUGUGUAAUUAUAAUUUUGUUGGAGUCGGAAGAAUAGAUGGUUAUGGAGGUGCUGGUAUCUUCAUUAGAAGAUCGAUACGCUUCUCCAUUUUUAAUAUCAACUGUGCAGGUGAGGCGAUUGGUAUUACUACCCUUAAUUUACGGAAUAAUAUUAAUGCAGUGGUUGCAUAUAUGCCUCCCAGUGUCGCUUUGGCGGAAUUUCAGUCAUCUAUCAUCAAUAUUUUCGGAACCCUGGGCACACCUGGGCUUCCUACUGUCAUCGCUGGGGAUUUCAAUGCCAAGGCAUAUCUCUGGGGUAACUCAGUGGAGGACAGGAGAGGCGAAUAUCUUGCUGAGAAGAUAGAGGAAGCCGAUAGGGCUUUUGCCAUUUAUGUGAGGGGAUUGAAGAGGAAGAAUUUCCAGUUGCUACUUGACGAUUUAUCGUCGGCUAGGCCGGCGGAUAUGUGGAGAUCGCUUAAGAACGUCCGCAAGUACAGGAUGCCUAAGGACUAUCGCAAUUCAUGGCAGGAAUCCCAGAACGCCGAAUUUCUGCAGCGCAUGGUGGCCCUCGCUGGACGGUGUCCUUCUCCAUCUGCGCCCGUGAUCCCGGGAUGUUCACCACCGAUGACGACGCAUUCAUCAGGAUUACAUUCGCCAGCAUCGCGUCCAUCACAACUGCCUUCAUCACCACCACUGCCUGCGCCGUCACCACUACGGCCGUCGCCACCUCCGAUAACGAGAUUAUCUUCCUUACCAUCCUUAUCGUCACCCGUAUCACCACUUCGUACAGCUAGAACACCAGCAUCGACGUCAUCAUCCACCACGUCUGCCUCCACAAGUCCACCACAGUUGCCACCACGGACAACACCACAGAUGCCACCACGAACACAAUCACCGUCUCAGACGUCUCCAUCGGGGCUAUCUUCGCUAUCGCGACCAUUUCAACCUAAGCUUAUGCAAUCGACGACAGUGCCUCUUACACCUCCUUUGAUGCCACCGCCAUCUUCUGCACUGGUCCCACUGCCGCACACAGUCGUCACAUCGACAACACCUCCGUUGGGGGAACGUCCGACGGCUGGCGUAUCGACCUGCUUGCAUUUCGAUGACUUUCUGAGAUUUCUUGAUAGCAGAAAUGCCAAGUCUGCUGCUGGACCCUAUGGCAUAUCAUAUGCCAUGCUGCGUAAAUUGACACCGGAAUCGAAAUACUCCUUGUUCACUAUACUCGACAACAUAUGGAAGAGCGGCGUUUUUCCGGAGAGCUGGAGGGAGGUCAGGGUGAAGCCCAUCCCCAAGAGGGGAAAGGACCCCACGGACAUAGGAAAUUUCCGCCCUGUCUCUUUGCUAAGCGUUUUGCUGAAAUGUGUGGAGGGUCUCCUCAAGGUCGCGAUACAGGAGAAGACAGAGAAACUUGGUGCUUUGCCGGAGAGGUCUUACGCCUUUAGACCGGGUAGAUCCACUUCGACUUGCAUAAAUGAUCUUAUCAACAAUAUUUAUUUGCUCAAGGCCAAGGGCCAUCACGUUCUUGGAUUUUGUGCCGAUAUAGAAAAGGCUUACGAUACGACCAGGGGUGACAAACUGGCAGAGGCGAUGAGAGAUUUUGAUAUAGCUGAGGACAUUAUAAGCUGGAUUACUGAUUUUAUUGGGCAUAGACGUAUUACUCUCGGCAACCAGUCAGUCAUGGUUUCGGAUGGUUUACCACAGGGCAGUGGCCUUAGCCCACUCCUAUUCAAUAUAUACACUGCCACACUCCAUGAACUCAGCUCAGACGCGUGCUCUGUCUAUCAGUUUGCGGACGAUUUCUUCCUAGUUGUUCAUGACCGCGACUUUGGCACGGCGAGACAGUUACUGGAGUCUAAGGUUUUAGAAUUCAGAAGGCGAUGCCAGGAUUUGGAUUUACAAUUCAACCUCGAUAAAAUCAACAGCAUACACUUCAAUCGAAGAAAACGUCCUAUAUCCAUUGCUCUGAACGGAAUUGACAUCAAGGAGGUUGCCAAGAUCAAGUACCUUGGCUUUAUAAUUUCCGCCAAUGGGUCCGCUAGAGACCAUGUGGAGGGCACAGUUGCGGAUCUGUCACGAAGGGUGAAUUUUAUGAAGAUUCUGAGUGGGUGUAGAUUUGGGAUUGACCCUCGGAGGGCCUUGAUAAUCUAUAAAGCGGUGGUUAGAUCCAAGAUCGAGUAUGCGGGUGCCGCCUUUUCGCAUGCGGGUAUAACCCACCUAAGGAAAUUAAGGACAUGCGCCAACGAAUUUCUCAGAAGGGCUCUCGGGCUUCUGAGAUCAACACCACUUUUGGUUCUAUAUCACAUGGCGGAUGAGAUGCCCAUACGAUACCGCUUAGAGUUAUCGACGGCUAAAGAGAUAGCCAAGUCCAUGGCAUUGGGGCACCCGGUCGUAUCGGUGCUCCAAGAGUGCAAUGACAGAGUUAACACUAGCUACAUGGCGGUCUACAGGGAAUAUAGAGGCAUAUUCGAGGGCAUGGGCCCAAUGGUUGGACCCUUCCGACCUGCCGGCAACGUGAGGUUUUUCAAGGACUUUUUCCAGAACGCAGCGGGUCGAAAGAAGGAGGCGAGCACCGCUCUUGUCGGACGACUUUUUGCCGAGAAAAUGGGGAGAUUGUCGUAG